UCCUGCCAGUAGAGUAGUACCUAGCAAAGAUAGGAGGUAUAAAACCUGCUCAGGUAGCUUCCCCAAGCUCUGAUUCUUGAACCUCAACAACCGUCACAUACGAAAUUUGCAGAUACCUUUGAGCAAUUCGAUAGUAUCAAAACGACCGAAAGCCACAAGUUCCACACAAUCAAGAUACCCAUUCUAGCAACGAACCCUUGCCCAAAAUGGUUCUCAGCGGACACUGCCUCUGCAAGGCCGUCACCUACAAGGUGGACGUUGAUGCACCCCUGAUCACCGGAUACGACCACUGCGAUGAUUGCCAGCGCCAGAGUGGCUCUACCUACUCCCUCGUGGUCGUCGUCCCCAAGGACAAGCUCACCAUCAACGGCCCGACCAAGUCGUGGGCCGGCAAGGGCUCCUCGGGCAAGGCCGUGCACCGCAUCUUCUGCAGCGAGUGCGGCUCGCCCAUUGCCCACGACCCGGACGCCGCGCCCGAGAUCAUUGCCAUCAAGGGCGGCACUUUGGAUGCCGAGAUCAAGAAGAAGCUUAAGCCUGACACCGAGAUCUGGACUGUUGGCAAGCUGCCCUUCUGCCAGGAGCACCUCGCCAAGCCGUUUACUCACAUGCCCGAGUAAAGUGGUCUGAUUGUAUUCACUCAUACGCCUCCGGUCAGCUAACACAUGCUGCAAGGAAGGCUCGAGCAACAGGACAGAAAUAGUGAUAUCCUUUUUCUGGGCAAAGUAGAGAGCUAUGUAGUGAAUUUCAUAAGCCGUCAAGUCUACAAGAGAGACCCGACGUUUGGAGAUGAGAGCGAUUUCUCAAACCCGUGAAAGACAGACUACGU